AGUAAAACAAUAAAAAUUGUUAGUCAGAAGCGCCUUCAGAGACGUUUAAGAAAAAAUGCUACCAGUGCCUGAAAGGACCCAACCUCAUCCGGACGCUCGUUGUGCUGGUAUGCAGCUGCAUAGUAAUACAGCAGAUAACCGCAUGUGUGCGGAAACUGAUAAAUAUCCCGAUCACGACGCACACAUACUUCGACUUCAAUGAGACGCUCAUGUACCCCAGCCUUACGUUCUGCCGGGAGCCACCGUACAAGUACGAUAAGAUGGAGGAAUAUGGCCUGUAUUCGCACCCUCGAUUCACCUCCGUCUGGCGCAACUUCAACUUUUCCCACGUCACUCUGGACCAUUUGUGGGAAGAGAUCACCUAUAGCAGUGGCGAGUUCUUCGUACAGUAUGGUUUUGAUGGGCUGGUGGAAAAUUUGGAGGUGGAAUCAACUCUUGGCUUCAUGAUGGGCCGAUGUUAUACUCUUACACCGCGGGUGCUGAGCUAUAAGGCAUCCCAAAGCGCCGGGUACUCCCUGACGCUUCGUCACAACGCCCUGGACAUCGCUAACAGCAUCAGCACCACUCCACCAGGAUACCACGUCUACGUGCAUUAUUCCAUGGAACCUUUUACUGAAGUGGCAGUAUACAACGGUGGUCUGGUGGACUACUUGUACGUGAACAUCGGCGAGACCAUAGACGUGAAGCUCUCAGUGGACCAGUAUGAGAAGAUCAGUCGAGAUCACGAUCCGUGUGUGAACUGGGAGAACUACAGUACAAAUGAGUGCACCACUAAAUACGUGUCAUAUCUGGUAGGUGAGGCUGUUGGGUGCUCUGGACCCUGGAUGAUCAGUGAUCUUCCCCGUUGCGACAACUACAGGGACAUGAGAAGUCUUAUCACGGAAUAUAUAAAUAUGUACGAGGAUCACAACUGCACUAGUUGUCCCCGCAUCUGUCGUUCGUACCUUUACAAUGCCUUUGUAACAUUCCGGAGGAGCGACUACACAUGGGAUUCCAUGAAGAAGGUGUGGGCUCUAAACUUCGGUGUUGCCACUUUGGAGACACAUCUGUACAUCCACUUCAACACUAUGAUGGUGUCCGUAUACAAGGAGCGAUACAACUACGACUGGAACUUAUUCCUGUCGGACCUCGGUGGAAGUAUUGGGUUCCUUCUAGGCCUCUCCGUUAUCGGCCUCAUGUCAAUGUUCGGCAAGCUGUGGGGCAUUACAGUUCAGCCCCUUUUCAAACCGAGGGAGGACGCACCCAAUAUUGCCGGGUCUGCAGCCACAGCCGAUGUUAAGACCGUCUACAAAGACCUGGCUAUGGAUCUGGACUAUUUGAAGAAAUGUCAAGAAUGGAAUAUGAAAAACGAUUGUAAUGACAAAUGAGAAAUUUAUUAUAUUCAUGAGCAUUUA